AAUUCUACAUUUUAAACAAAGAAACAACACCAAUGGACGAAGGCUAGCUUACGGAUCGCCAUCGUGGCACAGAUCACAGCCGUUCCAUGAAAAAAACUUUAAUAGAAACGUCCUCCCACUCGCAGUAACCUGAAGAUCCUUUAUUAAGGCAAGAUAAAAAAGCCACGGAUCGCCAACUCAGUGAAUCCCCACCGUCAGAUCUAAUCAUUACAAAAAUCGCGAUCAGCGACAUUUGGCAUUCACAUUCACUAUUAAUACCUCGCGCCUUUCUGUUAACAAUUUCACCAACUUCCAUAUUUCAAAGACUCUACAAUUCUCCCAUAUCUGCAUUCCCUCGAAACGAAUCGUUUUACUCCCUUUUCGGAUCACAGAGCAAUGGAAGACACAACCACAACCACAACAACAACGAAGGGUGCCGGUGGUAGAAAAGGCGAAAGAAAGAAAGCCGUUUCAAAAUCCGCUAAAGCAGGUCUUCAAUUCCCCGUUGGCCGUAUCGCUAGAUACUUGAAAAAAGGACGCUAUUCACAGCGUUUAGCUACCGGAGCACCAAUUUACCUUGCCGCCGUUCUUGAAUAUCUCGCUGCCGAGGUUCUUGAAUUGGCUGGAAAUGCUGCGAGAGAUAACAAGAAGACUAGGAUUAACCCUAGACACGUGUUGCUUGCUGUGAGGAAUGAUGAUGAGUUAGGGAAACUGCUUCAUGGUGUUACCAUUGCUAGCGGUGGUGUUUUGCCUAAUAUUAACCCCGUGUUGUUGCCUAAGAAGACUGGUAGUGCUGCUGCUGAGUCAUCUACCUCAUCAAAGUCUCCCAAGAAAUAGAUUUUUCCCUAUGUACAAUCUUACACUUAGUUAGGUUUUUUUUGGUGAAGCACAUAUUUUUAGUGUUAAGAUUAGGUGUAAUAUGGUGCAAAUUCCAAUAUUUGCAUUCCCUUUGAUCUAACUUUUACCAGCCAUACAUGAUGUAGUUGUGGGUCAAAUAUGAAUGAAGUUACAUAUUUCUUGAAUAUUA